GGAUGCGGGGUGCGGAUGGAAGGAUGGAGCGGCUCCUUGUGGGAUGGGCAGCAGCGCCGGGGCAGGAACACAGCGGCUCACUGGGGCUCCUCUCCGUGCUCCUCUUCAUACCUACGCGCGGCUCCCGGGCUCCCUUCCCCUGCCUCUCCCGCUCACAUCCGUGACCUCUCUGUCCCGCGGCAGCCCUUCCCUGUCUUUCUCAGGAAGGAUGUGGAUGCUGAGGAUGAGAAGCAUGAGGCUGGCAGCCCGCGGUCCAGCGGUUUCUGCUCUCCCGUGGACAGAGGUUCCCCUUUUGGUAUGCUGGUGGGAACCCCCCCAGCAGCACCCCACAGGGAGAGCCCCAGGAGCAAGGAGCUGGCAGCAGCAAGAAGCAGCGGGCAGAUUGCUGUGGGACCCCCAGGUCUGCCUGAGCCGAGUCCCCCGCUCGCCCAAUUCAACCGGGAGGUGCUGCAGGCAGAAGGCUGGGUGCGAGGCAAGCUGCGGGACCUGAAGGAUGGCUGCGACCUCCAGGACUGGGAACAGGCAGCUCAGACCCUGCAGAGAGAGAUGAAGGACUUCGAGAACACAUUGAUAAAGCUCAACCAGAUGGGUGAGCAGCUGAUGUGUGGGCCGAGCCCCAGUGCCGAGGUGGUGCGGAGGCAGCUGCUGGCCCUGCGGGAACAGUGGCAGCUCCUGAGACAGACAGCCGCCAACCAGAGCCGGGCCCUGGGUGGGCUGCGCAGUCUGCAGGACUUUGGCAGGAAGGCAGAGCGGCUGGAGGCUUGGAUGCGGAGCAAGGAGGAGAAGCCCUCCCUGGCAGUCCUCUUGCAGGAGAGCCCAGACAAGAUCCAGCUCACCCGCCGCAUCCUUGACUUGAAGCAGGAGGAGCAGCAGUUCCAGAGCUUGCAUGAGGAGCUUAACAGCCUGGCCCAGAAGCUAGAGAAACAAGGCAAAAGUGAGAGCAGGAGCAUCUCUGCCCGGCGCAAGCACCUCAAUAAGAUGUGGCUGCGGCUGCAGGGGACUCUAAAGGAGCACCACGAGGCUCUGCAGCUGGCCCUGGAGGUUGCUGCCUUCCUGCAGCAAGCAGAUGCCCUACUGGAUGCCAUCCAUGCCAAGUGGAGGAGUGUCUGCAGCAUGGGGAAGCAAGGGGAAGCUGAGAUAGGCCGGGAUCAGGAUGUCAGGGACAUAGCCAGCCAAGUGAUGAUGCUGGACGUGUCUGUGUCCCAGCUGCUCAACCUGCAGCCCAGUUUGGCAGCUCGUGUCACUGCCAAACACCGAGAUGUGAAGGAGAGCUGGGCCCAGCUCCAGCAGGCGCUGAGGAACGAGAAGGCUGCGGUGCUGGUUCCAGUGAGUGGUUUCCCAGGGAGUGAAGCUGUAGCUGUGAUCACUGAGCCCUGCGGACAUGUUAGUGUCCAGGAGUUGGAGGGGAAGAACACAGGAGACAGACAGAAGAGAGGUCCUGGUGUCACGGUGCAGAAGGACAUGUCGAGGAAGAUGGUGGAGCGCAUGCAAGGCGAGAGGAGCAGCCCCGGAUCUGCAGCAGUGGGAGGGGACAGCAAGAGGAAGAGGAGAGUACCUGCAGAGGCAGAGGCUGAGCAGGGCACACGGCCACUGGAGGCCCAGGUGCAGGAUGCCUGCCAGGAGGGGCAGGAGGAAGCAGGCAGCCCACAGGUAGAGGCCAUGCUGCGGGAGCUGGGUGAGCUGUGGGAGGACCUGCAGAGAAAGCACCAGGAGAAUGGUGCAGUGCUGAGGGAAAUCGAUAAGGCACUGAGGCUGGUCGGGGAGCUGGACUCUGCUGAACGAUGGCUGCAAGCCGUGGCCGGGUCACUCUCAGAGCCAGCCCCCAUGCGAAGCCCCACGGAGCUGCGGCGGGACCUGGAGGGCACAGACCAGCUGGAGAGGCAGCUCAUGCUGUGCGGCCUCAAGCUCCAGGCACUGCGGGAGGAGGCAGCGAGCGAGACAUCAAUGGAGCAUGAGGGGGCAAGGAAGAUGCAGAGGAAGGUGGAGAUGGUGGAGGAGAAGCUGGCACGAGUGCAGUCAGCACUGCGGCGCCGAGCUGCUGACCUGCGUGACUCCUUGGUGCUGUCCGAGUUCCUGCAGAACCUGCAAGAGGAGGAAUCACGGAACCAGCAGGGAUCUGUGGCGCCAGGGAGCAGGCGUCAUGGCUCGCAGGGGGCUUUUCCCCCACUCUCUGCCCAAGCUGAAGAUAGCGAGGAGGUGAGCAGUCCUUUGGGAGAGCUGCAGGAGGCCGUGGAGAUGCUGAACAGUGCGAUGAAGGAGCGUGAGCGGGUUGUGGAGGUGGCAGUGGAGACGGAAAGCCUGGAGCGCCUGGUGGCAGAGGUGUCCCCACGUCUGGAGGCCCUUUGCUGUGAGGCCAAGGCCUUGGCUCAUGACACUGCCCAAGCAGAGAGCGGUUUCACCACUGUGAAAAGCGAGAAGGACCUCCAGGAGCUGCAGGGCCUGCAGAGUCGGCAGCAGGAAAUGGAGCGUGUAGUGUCAGAGGUCCUGCAGGGGAGGCUGGAGGAGCUGGAGCGGAAGGCUUUCCACUUGCAAGAGCUCUGCCCCACACACCUGUGCCCCAUUGGCCGGGAGGCGCAGCGCACGCUACGGGUGUGGGCAGAGCUGCGGGAGCUGCUGCAGGAAACCCGUGUCCACGUGCAGCAGGCUGGUCGGCUGCGGCACUUCUUCAAGGAUUACUUGGCCAUGAUCUCCUGGACAGAGGACACACGGGCUCAGAUCUUCUCAGAGAGCCCAAGCAGCCACGGUCUCCUGGAGCCCAAGUGUGAGGAGCUGGAAAGGAAGAUCGAGGGGAAGCUGAAGGAGUUUGAGAAACUGGCAGCAGCAGGGCAGCAGCUGGUGGCUGAGGAGCACAACUUGAGUGCAGUGAUCCAGGAGCGCCUGGAGGAGCUGCAGAGCAUGCUGGGCUGGGUGCUGGUGCGCUGGCGAGCACAGAGGCACCAGCGGGAUCCUGGGAACAAGCAGCAGAACAGGAAAGAUCCAGAGAGCCCUUUGCGAGCAUCCCCUACUGUGCAGGAGCAGCAUGCCCCUUGUGCUCAGGAGAGCAUCCUCAGCCCAGACAGGAUCACACUCUGCUCCCUCACCACACCUGAGCCAGGUCCAGAGCCGCAGAUGCAGGAGGGAGCAGCGGGCUCCCUUCCAGCAUCACCUCUCUCGGACAUGCCACUGGGAGUGGAGCAGAGCUGGGGGGAGCCUAGCAACUUGGGACCUCCUGAGGAGGCUCUGGCCUGGGAUUCCUCUGAAACCUCUAUGCUGCUGCUGCCGCCACGGGGCCCCAGUGGGCUGGGGGGAACAGUCAACUUGAUCCUGAGCAUCAGCAAGAAGGGUGAGAAGAAGAAGGUGCAGAUUGAGGAGGCGCCACGGACGCACCCUGCCAGUAAACCCUCAGGCUCUAAAACCCUUUGGAAGCGUUGCCAGGGGCUUUUAGGAAACACUUGGGGUAGUUUAAAGCGAAAGAGAAAGCUGCCUCACCAGCUGCUGGAAGAGGCACCACUGGAGGAGAGCUAUGGGGAGAAAGCCAGGAAGAGUUCCAGCACACUUCAGCCAGCAAAGCGACCGCCUGUUGCAUCCUGCCGCCCGCCAGCACCCGGUGCUGGCACAUCACCAGCUUCACACACCCUGCCCAAAGCCGGGGCCGGAUCCCUCUUCAACAGCCUGCAGCGGAGGGAGCGGGCAAGGGCUGAGCAGGCACGGCUGCUGACGCUGCAGGGCAUCAUGGGUUCCAGCUCCCUGCAGCCCCCGCCUGAGGAGCGCCGCGGCCCCACCAACACGUGGCCGCUCAAGUGUGGCCGCAGGAAGGUGGCGGGGGCAGCUCCCAGCCCCCCACUCGGGGAGCUGCUGCUGUACGUGAAGAACCCCUUGGUGCGGGACAUUGAUGCCGAGUGCGGGGCGGCCCCCGGCCCCCCCCAGCCCCAUUGCGUCUCCCCGGGGUCGAAGCCCGUGUGCCCCCAGCUCACUCUGGGCUCCAUGCUGAGCCUGGAGCUGCCCAAGGACCUGAGGUGCUUCCGGGAUGCAGCACCACGGGAGGAGGAGAGGCAGGGCACGGGAGUGCGGCUCUGGCAGCCCAGCUGCAAGGCCAGGCAGCAGGAGGAGGGCACGGGGGGACAGAGUCAAGAUCUGGGGAAGAGCCCUAAGGGCGAGCAAGGAACGUGGUUUGAAGAGGUGAGCUUCAACCCCAGCUAUGGCCGGCACAAGGCCUGGGGCCUGGACGAACGCGGCAGCCCACGGCAACCCAGCAGUGCUGGUGAGGGAAUCCUGGACUCUCGCCUGAGCCGGCCGCCCCAUGUCAGCAGCCAGGAGCGGGAUGCGUUGGCUGCCCACUCAUACAAGGAUGGCAGCCCUGGCAGAAGGGCCAGGCGUCACGAAGCUGCUCGGCUGGAGCUGGGGCCAUCCCCCACCGGCACCUCAGGCAGGGCAGGAGCAGUCCCCAGUGCUGCCUGCUCUUCCUCCACCGCUCCCACCCAGCUCUCUGUCUUUGAGUGGGCGUUGGGCUCCCCACGACCCCCCAGCCCGGCACUGGGUACCACUGAGGUGUGCCACCCUGCCCACAGGCAGUUUGAGGAGGAGGAGGAGGAGCUGCAGGCUAUCUGGGAUGGGGCGGGCGAGCGGCGGGCACCUGGCCACACAGCAGGCAGCCCCCGAGCUCCGACACGGCUGGCGGGCCCCUCAUCCUCUCAGCAGCCAACAAUGUGCUGGUGGCCAAGUUCACCCUGCCCGGCGCUGCCCAAUUCCUGCACAGCCCGCCUGGGGAGAAGAGCCAUGGGGCCACCCCCUGCUUGGAGGAGCCGCCAUCCACAGCCCCCUCAGACAACCCCGGUGUGUGGGAUCAGCACAGGCAGCGGGAAGAGGAGAGAGAGGGCAGCAAGGCUGCCACCGGGAAAGUGGAGUUCCAGAUGAUGGAGGGAACGCUGGAAAGGAAGCACGUGCUGCAGGCAGGGGGCAGAAAGGCGAGCUGCCGUACAUGGAGCCUCUUCCAUGCUGUGCUGAUGAGGCAGACGUUGUGCUUCUACCAGGACCGCAGGGACAGCCUCAAG